CUGGAAUUGUGGUGAUGAAGAUGAAGAGCCCUCUUGAUAUUACCAUAUUUUAAGGCUUUUUCAGGUGUUGAAAAGGUUGAAUCUUUUCUCCAAAACCUUUGUCAGAGGAUCCGUUGCGAAUCUGUUUCGCCUCAGCCACUCGCCUCUUCGUCACGUCUCACUAAUCCCCCGGCCUCCCGUCAUCAUCAAUUCAACAACAACUUCAUCCAUCACAACCACCAUCCAAACUUCCUCUACAUCUCAAGCCACAAAUACACUUCAUACGACCUGUUCAUCUCAAUACACAAAACCUAUCAACGACUCCUCAACCCCCUGAAUCAAGAUGUCGAGCCAGCCAUACGACCCAUAUCAACCGAGUGGCAAUGGGGCCGGGUCAGCGAAAGGACCAAGGGCCCAUGUGGACACGGAGCAGCUUCAACAAGAGAUCGAUGGGGCAACCGCAAAGAUGCAGCACAAUGUGGACAAGUUGGCGCAACGUGGGGAGAACCUGAACUCACUUCAAGAUAAGACGGACAAUCUGGCGGUCUCGGCCCAAGGGUUCAACCAAGGAGCAAACCGAGUCAGGCAAAAGAUGUGGAGGUCUAAUAUGAAGUGGAAGAUCGCUCUGAUUGUUGGAAUCAUCGUCCUGCUCUGCAUUAUUAUUAUUCCGAUCGCCACACAUUUCAAAUAGUUGGUAUUCCGGGGACAGCCUAUUUACGAGCAGCGCAUUGAACAUAUCAAUCGCCCACGAUCGUCAUACGUAUGCCCGCAAAGGUGGACGUGAAACUCGCUGGCUCGAGAGGCAGUAUUGAUGGGUGGGGUGGCUAGUGACAAGGGAGUUCCACUGUCGAUUCGUUAUUUUUUGUUCUCGUGUUGAUUUUCGGCAAUGCGAUCUGGGCGUCUUACCCACCCGAGGGAUAUGGUCACGAAGAGACGACCCAGCGUUAUGUAUCUAUCAUUGCGGCAGGAGGAUUGCCCACCUAAUUGAGUUGCGUGUAUUAUCUCGGUCACUUCUGCUUUCAAGUUCGUGCCCAAAUCGAGGUUUGACAAACCA